AUGGAACAAGCUUAGCACUCAUUUCCACAUAGAGUUGAUGAUAAUACUGCUGUGUGGGCUGAGUUUAAAGAUUUGACUGAGAGAUAUAGCUGUAUAUCUCUUGGAGAAGGUGCUCCAGCAGCAAAUCCCCCUUAAUUUUUGGUAGAUGAACUAAUGAAAGCUAUCCAGGAAGGUCACAAUCAGUAUUCAAGAACAUUUGGACAUCCAAUUCUGGUAUAGUCAGUUGCAGAAUACUACGGAAAGAAAUUAGGACAAGAAAUCAAUCCUUUAACCUAAGUAAUUGUCAGUGCAGGAGCAUAUAAUGUAAUUGUAAAUGCCUUACUUGCUUUAAUCAGACCUAAUGAGGGAGAGGAGGUAUUAGUAUUCGAGCCAGGAUGGCCUUGCUAUAUAGACCUCGUUUAGUUUGCUGGAGGGAUUUACAGACCCUUGUGCUUACAGCAAAAAGAUGGGAAAUGGCACUUUGAUGCUGAACAAUUUAAAAACUCUCUCAAUAAUAAUACAAAGCUGUUCAUUUUCAAUAAUGCUUAAAAUCCUACAGGAAAAAUCUUUACCAGAGAGGAGCUUGAUGAAAUGUCAAAGAUAUUAGAGAACUACCCUAACGUAAUAGUCUUGAGUGAUGACGUAUAUGAGUUUCUAACCUAUGACGGCACCUAAUUUACUGGGUUUGCUUCUAUAGGAGAUAAUUUUAAGAAGACUCUAUCGAUAUACUGCCCAGGAAAAAUGAUGUGUGCUACAGGAUGGCAGGUUGGUUGGGCUGUUGGACCUGAGAAAUUAAUCAAACCUGUAUCUUUAAUAUCAACUACAUAAAUUUACUGUGCAAAUACUCCUGUUCAGGUAGCUUACGGAAGAGCCCUCCCUUAGGUUGAUAAGCCUGGAUAUAAAGGAGAGUUGUCAUUCGUUGAGCACAUUAGGCAAGAAUUUUAAGAAGUAAGGGACUAUAUGUUUAAAGAACUAAGUGAAGGAUUUGAUCUUCCAGUUGAGCCUUUGAGAAGUGAAAGUGGAUACUUUAUCUUGCUAGAUAUAUCUAAAUGCAAAGAACUCAUCCCUGAAAGAUAUUUGAAGUCUCAUUAAUUUGAGGAAUUAAAAGAGGGUCAAGAUCCCCUAAAAGUAAAUGAAGUAUUCAUGUCUGAUGGAUCUGUACCCUUAGACUUGGCCUUCUGUAGAUGGAUCGCUGUUGAGAGAGGAGUGAUUAUGAUGCCUUGCUCUUUGUUUUAUCACAAGGAGUCGCCUUAUAGACUAGACUAACAUGUCAGAUUAGUUAUUUGUAAAGGUCUAGAUCAUAGUAUUAAAGCUAUUGAGAGACUAAAAUCUAAAAGACAAUGA